AUGUCCAAAAGACUCAGCCCCUGGUUCCAGCACGACAUCACCAAAGAUACCUAUUGUGAUAUAUACUUGGAACCAGCACAGCUGUUCUGUGAUGAGGAGCAAAUCACACUUUGCAGCAAAUGCUUCCAGUCCCACAAGCACAAGCAUCACAUGGUGUAUGGGAUACAAGAGGCUACUGAGAAUUACAGAAAGUUAUUCCAGAAAAUAUUGAGCAUUGAGGAAAAACUUGAAGUAGCUAAAAGCAUAUUGCCUGAUGAGCAAGAAAGAAUGAUCAUGAUCCAGGAGGAAGAGCAGAAUUUUAAAGAGCUGAUUGAGUCUGAAUAUAGGAUAAGAUUCUGGUUGGUGAAUGAAGAGAAUGAGCUGAACAUCCAGAGACUGGAAGGUUGCCUAUUUGACUUGAACUUGAGAGAAACCAGUCUGAAUCAACUGGUCAGGUUUGCCACAGAGCUGAAGGAGGAGAAGUCCCAGGAAAUCCUACAGAGACUGAAUGAUAUGGAGAGAGAGAACAUGAAGAAACCGAAGGAGAGUGAAGUCAGGGUUUCUGAACGGAUUGGCAGCCUCCAAAGGUUCACCACAGAGCUUGAGAAGAAGUGUGGGGAAUGUGCCUUAGCACUGCUCCAGAAUGCAAGACAUUCUUUCAAAAGGAGUGAGUCACUACUCCUUUGGUGUCUAAAGACAGCUCGUAUCACAGACCUGAGUUUAUGCCAAAUAAGAGGAAUGAGCAAAAUGCUAGGAGUAUUCCAAAGAAAUAUAAAUUUGGAUCCUGAAAUGGCUCAUCCCUGCCUGGUCUUAUCUGAGGACCUGAGAAGUACGAGAUUUGGAAAUAUCCAUCAGGAUGUGCCUGGCCACCCAGGCAGAUUUGACUGCAGUGCCACUGUGUUGGGUGUGGAAAGCUUCACCUGAGGAAGGCACUAUUGGGAGGUGGAUGUGGAAAAGGCAAGAAAAUGGCAAGUGGGCAUAUACCAAGACUCUGCAAAUAGAAAAGGCAACAUGCUCAACGCUUCUGGAGACAAAAUCUUUCUCAUGGGAUUCAUGAUGGGAACUGACUGCACCUUGUGGAUCUUUCCACCUUUAAAAAGGGUCUCCCUGAGAGAACAAAUGCACAAAGUUGGAGAUUUCCUAGAUUAUGAGUGUGGGCAGAUAUCAUUCUACAAUGUGCCAGAGAGAUCCCUCAUUUAUAAUUUCUCUUAUCUCACCUUCCAAGGAUCUUUUAGGCCUAUAUUUUCUCUUUGUAUCCCAAAUGGAGACAUAAAUUCAGAUUCUCUCACUAUCUCCUCCCCUUAUAUUCCUUCUUAUAAAGUUACUGUUAGCCCUUAA